CGCUCCCCCUCCCCCCCCCCCAACGGGUUCCUGCAAAACGGCUGGUCAUCGAAGUGCUGCACAGUCUCCGUACAGCCAGCUUCCCCAGGAAUUUAAACUGGGCUCCCUCCCCUCGUUUCCUUCCCCUUCUCUCUCUCUCUCUCUUCUCCUCCCAGCCUCUACUUCUACUCUUCCACUCUCUUACUCUCUUAUCUACUUCAUCUCCAUCUUUGGUGACUGUGUAUAUACAUAUUCUCAUACUCGCAUUUGUCUACUUCAAGCUUACCCUGCCCUUCUUGCUUACUGUUUACUUGGCGCUGCCUUAUCCGAUAACCCUACAUACCUUAGCUCAACCAUCUCGGUGAAUUUCUUAUAUCACCUGCCAUCAUCACCUUUCACCCCGCAAAGAAUCUAUCUACUAUCUCCAACAAUUCACAAUGGCAGCUCCUCGCUCAACUUCUUUGCGUGCUCUGCGUCUGCUCUCGCAGCACCACGCUACUACCCUCCCCUGCGCUCGCCGGGGCCUGCACAUCACCGGCGUCCACUCGGCGCAACCGGCAAACGUCUCCGACCGAGCCUCUCUGUACUCUAGCCGCACCAUUGCUGAUCUCAAGAGUGAGUGUCAGAAGCGCUCCUUGAGGAGCAGCGGUACGCAAGCCGAGCUGGUCGAGCGUCUCCAGAACCACGACUUCCUCCAAUCCCGCGCCUUCAGCAUUGCCAUGCGCCGCAUCAGCGGCAACUCCAUUGCAGAGGAAACCCACAGCCGUCAGUUCAACACUUCCCGGUCCAUGAAGGCCGUGGGUGACUCAUCGACGGUCGACUUCGCGUACAUGCCCUCACUGGCGGAGCUCGAUGGGCCGGCCGCUCGCGCCGAUCCGCAAUUCCCGAUUGUCCCCGACUUCUACUCCCACCGGAGCGCGGCCCCGGCGGAUUCCCCCAUGAAGCCCCAGAUCUACACCGUCUCCGGCGGGGCGGCUGAUGUCUCCGCCAGUCCGAUGACGGAGGUCGUCGACAACCACUCGGUGGACAUCGAUCCAUUCUCGCUGACGGAGGCGGUGGGCAAGUCCCGUUUUGGGGCGGAGUCGACAACCCAACAGAAGGAGCCGGGGGUGUUCCGCGAGCUGUGGACCGGUGUCGUGGAUGACAUCUUAGGUAGACAGCCGGCUGUUGUCCGAAAGUGA